AUGUCUGUCACCUGCCCUGUUUGUGUUAAAGCAGUCCUUGACUCUGAAGACGGACUGGAGUGUGACGGGGAUUGCAAACGAUGGUUUCACCGUGAAUGCAUAAGAAUGAAUAAAACUGAAUACAACCGCUUGGGCAACGAUGGCAAUAUUAAAUGGUCGUGUUCCCGUAUGGACUGUGUCUCUUUUUCCAGCACCCCUAUAUCUCAACUUUCCGUGCAAAUGACUUCCGUCAUAUCUAAGCUCGAUGAGCUGCUUGGUAAAGUGAACAAAAUUGAUGACAUUUCUAAAGAUGUGGCGGAAAUUAGAGCGGAGGUGUCUGCUGUGUCGAGCUCCUUAUCAAGUUUGGAACCACGGGUGACUUCUGUCGAAAAUAAAGUGGAUUCCAUAUCCCAGAACCUGGCUAGAGCCUCCACAACGGUAGAUACACAUGGCGAACGAUUAGCCAAGCUUGAAAGCCACUCCUCUUCAGAUUCCUGUCUUGCCUCCACCAUUGAAGAAAUUAAUGAAAGAAAUCUCCGGGCCAAAAAUGUUAUGGUCUUUGGGUUGUGUGAGAGCACAAAGAGUACGGCCGAGGACAGAAUGAUGGAUGAUAAGGAACACCUGAAAGUCAUUUUCACGGCAAUUGAACCAAGUUUAAAUGUGAACUCCUUCAAGUUCUUUCGUGUUGGGAAGGGGUCAAGAGGCAAACCCCGUCCAAUCAAAGUUAUUGUUGGCGCCAGCUGCAAGAUAGUUGUCUGUGCAGCCUAUAUCCCUCCUCAAGCUCAAACAAGACUCUACUCUCUGUUUGCUGAGUCACUAGUGGAAGUGUUGUCAGUCUACCACAACUAUGACCACAUACUGAUUGCUGGUGACUUCAAUCAACCAGGCUUCAACUGGAUUCACCCCGAACUGUCAACUGCUACUCCACCGGUCAAUAUCAUUUUGGACUUGGCUGCACAUCUUGGUGUCAAUCAGAUCAGUGAUGUGGUAAAUGAUAGAGGAGUUCAGCUGGACUUGAUCUUUGGGUCAUCCGACGUCUUUACCGUGUCACAUGCUAAUGACCCCCUCCUUGCCCAAGAACCCUGCCAUCCUAGCUUUCAACUCAGCGAACUCAUCAAAUCUCACUCUCCUUGGAAGUCUGUCAGUCCCUCCGUCUUUCCAAAAUGGUUCUCCAAAGAGCUUAGGGAACUUGUUAUUCUGAAGAAGACGCUUCACAAGAAAUAUAAGAUAUCUCUCAACUUGAUUGACUACCACAACUUUAGCGUCAUUCGGGACCGAUGCAGGGCUGUAUCCAGGGAUUGUCGUUUGAGCUACGUCAACCAUGUUAAUACUACCAUUUCCACUAAUGUCAAGAUCUUCUGGAGUUUUGUGAAGAAUCUCAAUCGAACAUCUUCCAUGCCCUGCUCCCUUAAACAUGGUCCAACUGAGGUUUCCCACCCACAUGAGAUGUGUGAACUGUUUGCCGAAUAUUUCUCGUCCGUCUACUCUCAUGCGUCCCUUGAUGUGCUGCCAGUACCUUCAUUUGAUACUCCAUUCACCAUCUCAGAUUGUGCUAUCUCUCUAGAAGAUAUCAAUAAGAAGCUUCUUCACUUGGACCCCACCAAGGGUAGUGGACCUGACAACAUCACGCCUGGAGUACUCAAAUUCUGCCACUCUGAGCUGGUACAUCAGCUCCAUUUCCUAUUUAACCUUAGUUUGUCUACAGGCACUUUUCCCUCCACACUGAAAUAUGGUUAUGUGGUUCCAAUCUUCAAAUCCGGUGAUCGUUGCGAUGUUACAAAUUACAGGCCCAUAGUAAUCCAGUCCGUCCUCAGUAAAAUUUUUGAAGGGCUUAUUUUAGACAUCAUACAGCCUUUAUUUAAACAUAUCAUAAUUGAUGAGCAGCAUGGCUUUACCUCUGGUCGCUCCACUGUGACGAAUCUUUUAUCUCUCCAGUGUUUGGUGUUGGAAGCCUUUGGUCGAAGAAAUCAAGUUGACGCCAUUUACAUUGACUUUAGUAAAGCCUUUGACAAGAUAAAUCAUAGUCAUCUGCUUGCAAAGCUCCAAGGCUAUGGGUUCACUGGAAUGAUUCUACAAUGGUUUAAGAGCUACCUUACCAAUCGACGGCUUGCUGUACGCCUUGGUUCUGAAGUCUCUUCUUUCUUCGCUGCAAGUUCUGGUGUUCCUCAGGGGUCUCAUCUUGGACCGUUCUUGUUUUCCAUCUUUAUUAAUGACAUUAAGAAGGUCAUCAAAGUCCCAUUUCUUCUAUUUGCGGAUGACAUUAAGCUACUCGUCGAAGUUGCAUCACAUCAUGACUGCCAGUCCUUGCAGGACGCCCUCGAUGACGUAUUUGGCUGGUGCCUCUCCAAUGACAUGGCUGUGAAUCCCACAAAAACCAAAUUGAUCACGUUCAGCAGGAAAUUAAAUACAGUGUUAGCUGACUACUCUCUUGAUGGCAACCGGGUUGAGAGAUGCAAUACCAUCAAGGAUCUUGGUGUUCUAAUUGACUCCUCAUUCGAGUUUGGACCCCACAUAAACCAAAUCUGCACCAGGGCCUCUCGUAUGCUCGGUUUGGUAUUCCGCUCUGCUAGACACGGUUUGAGCAACCAUGCCUGUAUUAUCCUAUACAAGUCUCUCAUCCUGCAGCUUCUCGAGUAUGCUUCCUUGGUUUGGUCACCAUACCAUCUUGGCCAUAUUACCAUCUUCAGUCGGUACAAAGACGCUUCAUCAGGUUCCUGGGAUGUCGUGCUGGACUUGACUUUCGUGACGUCCGGGUAG